AAUACAUAAAUAAAUGCAAGCAAGCUCUGCAAGAAAGGAGAAAACAGAUAAGAACGUUUCUUGAGAGCCCCAUCUGCCGUUCCCUGAUUUAUUUUCUCUAAUUUCAAGCGAGUAUAGAGGGACACAAGUUUUUGUAAUUCUUGUUUAAUAUUUACCUGUGCAAAUGGCAAAUUCUGAGGAAUCAAAUCCUCUUUUACCAAACCAAGAACUGGCAUCAGGGGAAAAAGAUGAAAAGAAAUCGUCCAACGCCAAGAACGGUGGGCCGCAGCCUCAUCCGGCGGUUCCGAUGGGAUGGACAGCUGACGGGCUGCCGGUGGGUGAGAUCAUGAUGGAGAAGUCCCAGUGGGAUUCCGGCAUCUUCUCUUGUCUUGGAAGAAAUGAUGAGUUCUGCAGUAGUGAUCUUGAAGUUUGUCUGUUGGGUAGUGUGGCCCCUUGUGUGCUCUAUGGAACCAAUGUUGAGAGACUUGGAUCUGCUCCCGGCACUUUUGCGAAUCACUGUUUGCCAUACACCGGCUUUUACUUAAUGGGGAAUGCCUUUUUUGGCUGGAACUGCUUCGCUCCCUUGUUCUCUUUUCCCACCCGUACGGCUAUCCGCCGGAAGUUUAACCUGGAGGGAAGCUGUGAGGCGCUUGCUAGAUCAUGUGGGUGCUGCGGAAGCUUUUUGGAGGAUGAGGUUCGGCGUGAGCAAUGGGAAACGGCGUGUGAUUUUGCUACCCAUGUCUUUUGCCAUGCAUGUGCUCUUUGUCAGGAAGGUCGUGAAGUUCGUCGUAGGCUUCCUCAUCCUGGCUUCAUGAAUACUGAACCAGUGUUCGUCAUGGUUCCCCCUGGUGGACAGGCUAUGGGCCGUGGAGUGUAACUACUAUUUUAUGGUGGUUCAGACAAGCUCUGGACUUGUGUAAUUGUGUGCUGAGAACUUCCGUUAGACUGCGUUAUGUGAUUUGUGGUUUAGUCUGCAUAACUCGUUUAUCGGCAGCCUGGGACGUUGAGGCUGCAUUAGUUACUAGUUUUUGUUGAAAAAUACAGAUAGAAGCAGUUCUUGGAUGUCCAUGUAAUAAGGUGAUGGUAGACAUGGUCUUUCUUUUGUGAAAUGUGAUUUCAAAAUAUAAAGGACACGAUAAUGCUUGCAAGUUAAUGGUGUAAUUCCAAGCUGAUGAAGUCUUAUUUGACACUUGGAUGCCAAUUUUUAUCAAUUGAAUUAUUGAGCA